GGAAGGUUCAGUGUUGUGGUAGAGGCGGAGGGGAGCAGGCGCGCGCCCACCUCACCUCUCGCCACGUCAGAUAUUAAUCUUUUUUUCCUUCCUCCUGUCGUCACCCUGUGCCCUUGGGGCUCCCUCCGUCAGGAGUAGCCACCGUGCAGGACCUCUCGCACCUACACACUCUCUGGGGGGAAAAACUCAACUGCCAGUGAAAUGAAGGGAGACCAUGUGGUUUUAGUGUUGGUGAGCUGUACCUUGUGUAUUUCUGUCCCGACAUCAGCAGCUCCUCCACACAAAAAAAACAUAAACACUGCAAUUGCGAUCCAACAGAGAAACGAGACUUUAUCCGAGAAUACCGAGAGACAAAAAUCGAAGCCAGGUAAAGUACUUAUCCAAGACAAAAAUGAUGAACCUGUUCGACGGCUGAAAGAUGAUGAAUUAAAAUUGGAUGAUAACCCUGAUCAUAAACAACCACAACAGUCCAGGACUGACUCAAAAUUGAAUAACCCAGGUCAAGAUAAAAAACAGUCUGGGGUUGACCCAAACAUUGAUGAUAACCCAGGUCAGGAUGAGAAACAGUCUGGGGCUGACCCAAAAGUGGAUGAUAACCCAGGUCAGGAUGAGAAACAGUCUGGGGCUGACCCAAAAGUGGAUGAUAACCCAGGUCAGGAUGAGAAACAGUCUGGGGCUGACCCAAAAGUGGAUGAUAACCCAGGUCAGGAUGAACUACAGCCUGAGGCUGACCCAAACAUAGACGGUAAACCUGGUCAGGGUGAAAAACAGCCUGGGGCUGACCCAAAAGGGGCUGAUAAGCCUGGUCAGGAUGAACAACAGCCCACGGUUGAGCAAGAAUUGGGCGAUACCUCAGGCCAGGCUGCACAGUCUAGAGAUGACGAAAAAUUUCAUAAUAGUCCUGGUCACAACCAUGAAAUUUCUAUUGAUAACUCAGACUAUAAAAAAGAUUCUGAUCCGGGAAUUAUAUCAGCUGGAAAUGAUCAAGAAAAUAAAAAAUCUGAAGCAAAAUCUCAAGACACUGAGAACCUGAUUACUGAAGAAGCUGCUGACAACACUGAAGAUACACAGGAUCCAGGUGAUUCAGAAGUUAAAGAAGAUCCAGACACUUCAAACACUGCCUUGGCUUCAGUUAAGGAAGAUAGCAUCUUAAACACCAAUAGAGACAGUAGUGUACAGAAUUCCGAUGUUAAAGAUGGAGAGAGACCAGGAGAUGUACAGAGAAAAGAACCAGAUAAUAGAAAGUCACAUCCAAUUAUUUUUCCAGAGUCCUCUAAUCCCUCAGUUGCACCAUUACCAACACAAGGUAUUCAGGAUCCAAAUAAAUCUACCCCAGGCUCAGAAAAGGUGAGCUCCAGUAUGAAAACAACAACAACAACAACAACAACAGUAUCCAGUCUACCGAUUGUUGCAGAAAUUGCAAAGCCAGAAGACUACCAAUCAGUGGAAGCCAAAAUGGGAAAAGCUUCGGACUCUCAGUCGGAGAACGACUUGUCAUACGACGACAACAGCUACAUAAGCGAUCCUCAUGAGGAAGGAGAUUUUGAGGUGAAACCUGCCGGCAACGAGGAAGCUCCGUCGCAAGUCAAUAAUGGAGGAAAGUUCCGUGACGAUGAGGACUCGCACUUCUUUGCAUAUUUCCUCACCAUCAUGGUGACGGCCAUCAUUUUCUACCUUGUGUUCCACAAUAAGCAGAGAAUUAUUGCCUUGAUAAUUGAAGGUCGGGCACCUAGAAGUGGCAGAACUCGUAGGUCAUCUAGUCGAGCCAAAUAUCACAAGCUUGACAACAACCUUGAAGAAGCCAUAACAGCCACCAAGGGUUCAAAGUAUGACAGAAUGUACUAGGAGUGUGCGGACUUUCACACACUUGUGUAUUUUUCUUGUUUGAGUUUGUGCACCGCUCUGUAGUUUUUUUUUAGCCAAGAAAACAGGCACAAAACUGGAUGCUUUGUUGGGUAGUGGAGAAAGGCACUGCAUAAUGCUUUGAUGAAGGUAUUGCACAAAAAAUGUUGCUGUAACUACAGUACUUGGAAUUUGAGAGGAAAUUUGGGAUUCCAUUUUGUGUCUGUAACAGUUCUUUUUCCAUGGCGCUCUCUUUGCCUUUGGUGAAAGAAUAUAAGACUAAUACAAGUGAGUUUAACACCUGCUGGCUAUAAUUUUAUGGCUAAGAAUUCAUUGUAGUACAGCAAGGCUUUGCUAGUUUGUGCUAACUGAAUGCCUGAUCUGCUAAAGUAGUCGUGUAAUCACAGAAGUGUUACCAAAUACAGUAUGUACAAAUGAUGGCAACUUGGACAGCAACUAGGAAUACCACCGAGUUUUUAAUAAACUUGCUAAGAUCUAGUAAAUAGUGAGCCAAAAAUAAAGUGCUAAAUUAAUCCUGAAACCAAACAAAAUUCAACAUUUAAGUAAAUAAAAAGAAAGUUAAUUACUUAUCUGUGGGAUGAGUCUUAAAAUGUCAGAUAAAAUACCAUGGUCAUCUAAUAUAUAUAUGGAUAAUAAUUUUAAUCACAUAACACAAGCAUGUUUUCCUGUUACUAUCAAACUCUUGUUAAUAAUAAUAAUAAUACAGUUUGAGUUUUUGAGGGCUAAGGCAAAAGAAAUUCAUUUGUGCUAAGCACCUUCGGGUAAUUAUAUACUGGUUUGUACAUGCCUACAAAUCAAUGGUGAAAUUCACAGCAUCUUGAAUUAAACGUUCAGGGUGAUGGUUAAGUGUUACAAUACUGCUUUCACAAGUUCAGUAAACAUAAGUUUGUUGCAAAACUGACACUGUUUGCCCUCCUUGCUUCCUUAUGCAAUCACUUUACAAGGCAUUCUUUCAACAUGUCUUGACCAUCUCGGAACACUUUCCUUAUUCUUGCGGUGUGUGUUGACUUUUGAAUUGCACAUCAUGUUAUUUGUAUUUUGUGCUCUAAUCUGCUAAUACCACUCACGCUUCCCAGAAUACCUAUUUUUACCGGUUUACACAUUCUUUAUCUUUGGGUUUACACGUUCUUGCCACAGUUGCCUUGUACAAGAGUCGGCACUAGUAAUGUUUCAAACCGGCAUAUAGCUGCAUCUACUUCUUUUAGGCCUAGUCUAAGCUGGGCUUGCUUUGCUCCAGCCUCUGUCCUUCCUUGUCACACACCCUAUUAUUGGGUCAUAUUGCACACAUUUCUCUCAUCAAUCACUCGCACCAGGUAUUUAAGUGAUUGAUCGCCUAAUAUUUCACCAUUCAGACUUGUUUCAUAAGUUUCCCUCUCUCCAACACUGUUAACCGAUUUUAUUCGAAUCAAUCAAAUUUUCAGCUGUCUUCACGAAUCUGUAAACUCCUUCUAAUAAUGAAUGACUAUUUGCAUACAGUAAUUCAAAUUUAACAUACUACUGUAUAACACGGUGGUCUACACAUUCGACUCGCAACAGGAAUUAUUUUAGGUUUGCACCUUUUGUACCCUGAUCUCCACCAUGACCCCCAUCUAUUUAUGUAAUGAUCGACCAAGGUGAUAUUACACAACCCUGGUGCACCACUUCACUAAUUUGAUAAAUGCUCCUUACAAAAAAACAUGUCAACCCAUGGUGGAUAGGCCACUGAACUUUCAAGCCUUCUCUCUCCACAUCCAGAUCCUCUUCCAAGAAUUGAAUCUCCACACCCUUCUUCCUCCCCUAUCCUUUCCAAGCUCUUUGGCCAUAAAAAGCAAAAGCUCCUCACACUAUAUAUGAAUUUAGCACUGAACUCCAAACAAGGCAGGACUUUAGAAUGCUGAUCAUAAACAUUUAAAUUUCUUGCUCUUCAGUAUUUUAACAGAUUUCAAUUUUGCAGUCCAUCACAUUUGUUUCUCCUUCUGUAUUCUAACCACUAAAUCGAUCUCCAAUACUUCACUCUCCCACCUGUGAAAACCCAUCACCUAGCCUUUCUCUGAUUGCACAUUGUAUAACUCCUUCACCACCUUGUAUACCACUUUCUGCUGUAAGCACUGGAGCAUUAGAAACAAAGAUUGGUCAGCAAACAGUUUCAAUUAACGUCAACAAAACUGACACCCUGCAAA